UCAAGCACUUCAUAUAUAAGUUUUUGUUUAUUAGAAUAAUAUUUAGUUCUUUUUGUAUAAGAUUUUUUCCAUAAGCAACUUUGUUAUAUUUAAUAAUUUAUUACUAUAUUAAACUAAUGGGUCUGGUCGGGUUUGUGGUACGUGUGUCUAAUCGAUUUUUCAAACAGUACCAGUUGGUCGAGGGCGAGGCUCAGAUUAUGAGAGUACUGCAAAGCUUGAGGCUUUGCCAUUUACAACCCAUUUUUUCUUUCGGACCUUUCAAUUCUUCAAUACAAAGGAGAUGGAAAAAGCCAGUGGACUCUGCUCAGACUCGCUUAGAAGACAGAACAAGAGACGCCCAGCUGGACAAAGUCGCCACCCAAAUCAGAAAGCUCAACGUCAUCCUCAAGCUUCACGAUCUCAUGUCGCAGCGGAAGCGCGGUCCUUUUGUGUCCGUACAGAUUAUGUCUCGAUGGAGGCAUCUUGUGGGGAUCAACAUUGGGAUUGGGGAGUUUCUUCAUAAGGUCCCCCAUGUGUUCGACUUAUUUACUCACCCGGUAAGGCGAAACUUGUGCUGUAGGUUUACUGAUAAAAUGCUUAAUUUGGUGAAUGAGGAGGAAAAUGUUGUGAGAAAGGGAGAAAUGGAGGCUGUACGUCGGGUGAAAAAGCUUUUGAUGAUGUCUGUGAAUGGAAAACUGCGUGUUCAUGCUUUGAGAUUGGUUAGGAGAGAGUUGGGUUUGCCUGAGGAUUUCAGGGAAUCAAUCCUUUCUAAGUACUCGAAAGAGUUCAAGCUUGUUGACUUGGAGGUUGUGGAAUUAGUUGGUGAUGGAGAUGAAGAGUUGGGUUUGGCUGAAGUCGAGAAAUGGAGAGAGAAAGAGUAUAGAGAGAAGUGGUUGAGUGAGUUUGAGACAAAGUAUGCCUUCCCCAUCAGUUUCCCAACAGGGUAUAAGAUUGAGAGUGGGUAUAGAGACAAGUUGAAGAAUUGGCAAAGGCUUCCUUUUGUGAAGCCUUAUGAGACGAAAGAAGUGCCUCGAGUCCGCUCUUGUGGAGGCAUUGAGCGGUAUGAGAAAAGAGCUGUUGGCAUUCUUCAUGAGUUCUUGUGUCUGACAGUGGAGAAAAUGGUUGAGGUUGAAAGAUUAGCACAUUUCCAAAGGGAUUUCUCCCUGGGUGUUAAUGUCCGUGAACUGCUUUUAAAGCACCCUGGAAUAUUUUACAUAUCAACCAAAGGGAGUGGACAAAGAGUUUUUCUUAGAGAAGCAUAUAGUAAGGGAUGUUUGGUUGAACCCAAUCGAAUAUAUGUUGCUCGGAGAAACAUAUUGCACCUUAUAUUGGUAGGGUUUCGCUAUACAAGAGAAUUGAAUGCUCCGGAUGGUAGAGAAAAUAAUGACAAUGUAGUAUGUGGAGUGAAGAAUGAUGUUAAAGGAGAUGAAGAUUGGAUUAUACCAAUGUUAGAGAGAUUGAAUCAUGAGAAUACCAAUGAUAUAGUCUUAAAAGACAUUGAAUGAAAAUAACAAUUAUCUCCUUUGGCCGCUGAAGUCCAAGCUAUUUGAGAUGCUACUAGGCAUGGAAAGAAGCUGGGAACCAGCAAGUUUUUCAUCAACUCUGAUUGCCUUCAAGCAGUAAAACUCUUGAAUCAGUCGCUGCUCUUUAAUGGGGAUCCGCUGAACGUGUUGGUGGACAUGGAAUUGUGAUUUCUUGGGGUUCUUCUUCACACCGAGAGGCGAGAGCUGCUCAUAACAUUGCAAAAUAUGUUGUCUUUGAAAGAAUGUUGGGAUGGGGGAUUUCCUCCUCUUGCUUCUUCAGUAAUUACUGCUGGUAAUUUCAAAGAGUGCGUUUUUUUAAUAUCUGGAAAAGUAGUGUUCAUAUCAAAAGACUCGGGUGAAGAAAACAUUUGUAAUAUGAUUUUGAGUAAUAUCAGCGCAAACUUAGGAACCUAGACCAGUUCUAGCUAAUUGAUUCAGGAAUUUAUUCCUAUACAAACUAUAAUAUUGCUUAAUUAGAUGA